AAUCAUGAAAAACAGGAUGGCAGCAUGGCCACCGGAAGAUCACGAAGCAUUUUUUCUGGUAUCAUUCAAUCGUUCAACUCAAAGUUGAAGUUUUCAAACAAUUCUGAUUUGGUUGGUCUUGACGAAAAUGCGGUUCCGAACAGACGCUCACCUUUGAUUUAUUCACAAAUCGUUCCCCUUGAACGAAGCUUGUUGAAAUUUGCCGCUUCGGAAUCUGGUACAACUGGUGUUGGUACUGUCUUAGUCAUCAACACUGGUGGAGCCAUCGGAAUGCAGAAGGUUGAGGACGUCUAUAGACCCAAACAGCACUUUUUGACAAAAUAUCUUAUUCAAAUGCCUAUCUUCAAUGACUUAAAAUUUUGGGAUAGAGCUCCGAAAACAACCAGCGAGCAUUCGCCGGACCGAGGCCGUUAUUCAACUCAAACACCUUCAACUGUAUCAGUUCCUCUUGCAAUGCCCUUAAAUGAGAAUGGUCGUCGAAUUAUCUACCGUUUUCUGGAAUACAAUACUCUUUUAGACUCCUCUGAUUGCAACCUCGAAGUGUGGAUUAAGCUGGCUUUGGAUAUUGAACAAUUUUACGACCACUUCGAUGGCUUUGUAAUUCUCCACGGGACAGAUACACUGCCCUAUGCGGCCUCAGCACUAUCUUUCAUUCUGGAGAAUCUUUCUAAGCCCAUUGUCAUGACGGGAAGUGAAUUGCCUAUAGACAGAUUGCGAAAUGAUGGACGCCACAAUUUGCUGGGAUCGCUGCUUAUUGCUGGAGGAGGUUAUGAUAUUCCUGAAGUGACGGUCUUUGUUCAAAAUGAGGGUUUUCUACAUUCCUUUAUCUCAGCUGUUUUGGGUGGCUCACUGCUUCCAAUUGAGUUUAUUGCUGACUAUGAGACCGAAAGUUUCACCACUUUGUUUACAAUUUGGAAAUGGGUAUUUGAUGAUUUCACAAAGUUAAGAGUUCCGAAUAGCCUUUUCCUAAUUUUACAGCUCUACCGCGGAAAUCGAAUAGUUAAAAUGGCUACCACCGAUCUUGUGGCAUUCACCUCCCCGAAUUCGAAACCUCUAGCAGAGAUGAAGGAGGUGGUCAACGUUUAUGAAGAUCGUAUCUUCCGUCGAACUAAGCACAACUCGAAGAAGUUAACUAUUCAAACAAACCUCUGCCCCGAUGUCGCCAUUCUUCGUCUCUUCCCGUCAAUUUCUGUUGAAGCAGUGAGGAGCUUUUUCAAACCACCAAUGAAGGGUAAGCUGCAUGUAGUCUGA